ACAUAUCUCCUGCAAGAACCUAACAAUGUUGCUGGAACUGUGACUGUUGACAAAGAGGUCCACAUUGUUGACGUCCAAGUCCGUUCUGGCCUGCACUCCUCCGAUACCGUUAUUGACUACAUGCAUGGAUAUAUUGCAAUAAGGUUAUUUUCACGAAGUGCCUGCUUUAUUGUGAAAAUAAAUAAGGAAUCCGUCCCAGAACUGCAAGAAAUCCAACGCAUGGCCCUUGAGAAACAGAAUAUGAACACAGCGCGGUCUCCAAAGAAUAUGUGGUUACAGUUUCAAUCUGGCCAUUCUGCGCAUGGGAGUAACAAAGACUGGCUUGCCUACGGUAAACCCAUUGAACAACUCUGCACAGGUCUGCCUCUCUACCAGCUUACUACUACUCAAC